CGCACCCGUACGGAAAAAUGGCAACAGCAGCUAACACGACAGCUGGAGCAGCGAAAGACGGUGCGCCAGUAGCAACAACAGCGGCGACUUCGCCAGCAAAGACCUUAUCCGGUAUUGUGAAACAAGUGCUCUCCGGUGAUACUGUUGUAAUCCGCGCAUCUAAGGGCGCGCCACCUCCGGAGAAACAAAUUACAUUCUCGCAUGUGCUUGCACCGAAAUUGGCUCGCCGGCCAGGCGCUGGUGGCGAUGAGACUAAGGAUGAAGCGUGGGCCUGGGAGUCGCGAGAAUUUUUGCGUAAGAAGCUGAUCGGACAGGAGGUGACGUUUACAUUUGAUAAACCUGCCAAUUCGAACCGAGAAUACGGCUUUAUCUGGCUGGGUAAGGACAAGGAGACUGGCGAGAAUGUGGUCGAGUCGAUAGUGCGUGAAGGUUUGGUGACUGUACGCCGCGAGGGACGGCCAACGCCCGAACAGCAAACUCUCAUUGAGCUGGAGGACCAGGCACGUGCUGCUGGCCGCGGCAAGUGGGCGCAGAAUUGUAACGCCCUAGACAAGGUGCGCAAUAUUAAGUGGUCCCACGAGAAUCCAGCCCACAUUGUCGAUGUCUAUGGUGGCAAACCCGUCAAGGCAAUCAUUGAGCAUGUGCGUGAUGGUUCUACUGUUCGUGCCUUUUUACUACCCGACUUCCAUUACAUUACACUCAUGAUUUCUGGCAUACGCUGCCCCGGUGUCAAACUAGACGCUGAUGGCAAGCCCGAUCUGAGUGUGAAGGUGCCGUUUGCGGAUGAGGCGCGCUACUAUGUGGAAACGCGUCUGCUGCAGCGUGAUGUCGAGAUUCGGCUGGAAUCUGUCAACAAUUCCAACUUUAUCGGUAGCAUUCUCUACCCCAAGGGCAACAUUGCGGAGUCUCUACUGCGCGAGGGUCUGGCUAAGUGCGUCGACUGGUCCAUGGCCGUGAUGAAGACAGGUGCCGAUAAGCUUCGCGCUGCAGAAAGAAUUGCAAAAGAGAAGCGUCUGCGUCAAUGGCAGGACUAUCAGGCCAAGACACCCGCCUUUAAUUCGAAGGAGAAGGACUUUACGGGUACCGUCAUCGAGGUCUUCAACGGCGAUGCCGUCAAUGUACGCUUGGCCAAUGGUCAGGUGAAAAAGGUUUUCUUCUCUUCUAUUCGUCCGCCACGUGACCAACGCGCUGUUGUCGGUACUGAUGGAGAGGAGAUUGUAAAGGCGCCACCACGUGGCAAGAACUACCGUCCACUGUACGAGAUUCCUCAUAUGUUUGAUGCGCGCGAAUUCCUGCGCAAGAAGCUUAUCAAUAAGAAGGUGCAAUGCAACCUGGACUACAUCUCCCCAAUGCGAGAUAAUUUCCCGGAAAAGCACUGCUAUACAGUACUCAUCGGUGGCCAGAACGUAGCCGAGGCGAUGGUCGCCAAAGGUCUGGCCACAUGUGUGCGCUACCGCCAGGACGAUGAUCAACGUUCAUCGGCCUACGAUCAGCUGAUUGCUGCCGAACAGCAGGCCAUCAAGGGUCUGAAGGGACUGCAUGCUAAGAAAGACAAUGCUACGUUGCGUGUAAAUGAUCUCACUGUUGAUCAUUCCCGCAUCAAGGUGCAGUAUUUGCCAUCGUGGCAGCGUGCCUUACGCACCGAAUCCAUUGUCGAAUUUGUUGCCAGUGGCUCUCGUUUGCGCAUCUUCAUACCCAAGGAUAGCUGUCUGGUUACGUUCCUCUUAGCCGGUAUCUCCUGCCCACGCUCCUCGCGACCCGCUCUCAACGGCGUGCCCGCCCAGGAGGGUGAACCCUUCGGCGAUGAGGCGCUGACAUUUACGCGUGAGCGCGUACUCCAGCGUGAUGUAUCCGUGCAUAUUGAUACUACCGACAAGGCCGGUUCCUCUGUCAUCGGAUGGCUGUGGACUGACCAAAAUGUCAACCUCUCCGUGGCGCUCGUCGAGGAGGGUCUGGCCGAGGUGCACUUUAGUGCCGAAAAGUCUGAGUACUAUCGCAUGCUGAAAAGCGCCGAAGAUCGUGCAAAGGCUACUAAGAAGAACAUUUGGGCCAACUACGUGGAGCAGGUGCCUGAAGAGAAGGUUGUCAUUGAGGAAGAAAAGGACGAGAAAACACCUGUCGAGCGCAAAGUGAAUUAUGAAAAUGUCAUUGUCACUGAGAUAACUGAAUCGCUGACCUUCUUUGCACAAUCGGUGGACAACGGUCCUAAGCUGGAGACACUGAUGGCCAAGCUACACGCUGAUUUCCAAGCCAAUCCCCCCAUUGCCGGCUCGUACACGCCCAAGCGAGGCGAUCUGGUUGCCGCUCAGUUCACCUUCGACAAUCAAUGGUAUCGCGCCAAGGUUGAACGCAUCCAAGGCACCAACGCCAGCGUGCUUUACAUUGACUACGGCAACAAAGAGACUCUGCCAGUUAGCCGGUUGGCCGCAUUGCCACCAGCGUUCAGCAGCGAGAAGCCGCAUGCAACGGAGUAUGUGCUUGCCUUAGUCACACUGCCAGCCGACAAUGAAGAUAAGGAGGAGGCGCUGCGUGCCUUUUCAGACGAUGUGCUAAACCACAAGGUGCAGCUCAAUGUGGAGAUGAAGGUGUUUGGGGGCCCGAACCUGGCUACACUUCACGAUCCAACAACGAAAACGGACUUUGGCAAGCAGCUGGUAGCCGAAGGCUUGGCGUUGGUAGAGAAGAGGCGGGAACGCAAGCUCAAGGAGCUGCUGGAGCAGUAUCGGGUUGCGCAGGAAGCGGCCUUGGCGGCGCAUUUGGCCAUCUGGAAGUACGGUGACAUCACGCAAGAUGAUGCGCCCGAAUUCCGCUAAAAGUCAGUCAUACAACAUGCAGUAGGCAGGGCGGCGUGUGGAGCGCGCGCUGCUCGCUGAAUUGUUUGUCUGCCACAUACCCGCCCUUUAUAUAUUUCAACAACAACAAGCAACAACUUAAAUGAUUAUGAAAUUACUAACUCUAUACACACAUACAUACACACAAACAAACCAAUCUAUAUAUAAACUAUAUAAACGCAUUGAGUAAUUAUGGAACGGAAUGGAUUAAAAUUAAAUGAAAUAGAAGAGCAUUGAAUGAAAUCGAUUGGAUUUAAAUGCAUACAACAAGCAAGUGCAACUGCUUUAAGCAACUGGCAAUAACGUCGCAAAUUCGGUCUUAGAGAUUUUUUAUACCUUGAUACUUUAUCAAAUUCUACAACAACAACAAUAACAAAGUAAUAACUAAAACUAGUAGCAAUUGAUCGUUUUUGAAAACGGUUCACUUCCAAUAAAUAAAUAGAAUCAAUAAGUUACAAA